GACGAGUUCGGUGUCGACAUUCCCUGUGGCUGCCUGGAGCCAUGUAGCUCGGAGCCUUGAUCACUGAUGCUUCAGGCUGAAAUGCAGGUCGAGAAAAGAGACCCUGAGGUGCCUUGCCUCACAGCAGGAUUGCCCACACCCGAUUCGGUGGCCGCACAGAAGGAGGUGCAUGCCAGACGCCUGGAACGAGAGCUGCGAGAUGCGGUAGAUGAGCUCGCCAAAGAGCACCGCACCCUGACGGACAAUCUCCACGCGAAUGCCAAUCACCAACGAUCCCAGUACCAGCUGGCUUUGGCACGGAUGGUGAAAGAGCAAGAGACAACAAUGCGGAAAGAGUAUGACACCCAGCUCUUGGAGCUGCGGCAGGUGGCUCAACGGGAGAUCGCACAGCUGGAACAGCAGGCAGAGCUGCUGGUUGAGCUGUGGCGAAAGGAGGAGCUGGCCAAGUCACAGCCUCGGCCGUCGGUGCCUUCGACCAUGUCUUCGGCGAUGCCUUUGACGACCCCCAGCCUUGUUCGAGCUGAUACCCAUCACGGUUUGUUGCAGGGUGGAUCGGUGUAUCUUCCACCACGCUCGAACCGGAGCUCCUGGACGUACCCAAGACGCCUUGAGGUAGGUGCUCCAUCAGUGCCACAGGUGGCGGUCUCGUACACACCAUCAGUACUCCGAAGUCCGAUACGAGGAUAUCCAGUACAGGGGCCGGUGCAGCUACACAGGCCAUCAUCAGCUUUCCGAAGAAUCGAGCCGUAAAAAAGCGAGCCAAAACAGUGAGGACCCAAUGCUGGUCUCAAAAAUUGUGGAUUCAUAACGCUUGAAACGUAGG